AUGUGGAAUCGUGUGAUGGAGACAUCAGUAUUACGCUCGAACUCUAGCCUUCAUUCAGCUUCGUUAGCGUUGUCAUCAAAUUCUUCUCAAGAUGGAGUGCAAAAUCUAAGAGAUGAUAGAGAAAGUCGAGGUGGAAAUGUUUCUAGGACAUCUACCUCUGCUGACCAAUUCCAGAAAGAAGGAUUUGGGAGCAAAAUAUUGGGCGAAUCAGUAAAACUUGCCUCUCCCACUAGUGCAAACCGUCAAAGAGAUGAUGUGCAAAAAACAUCUAUCCCAAAUGUAAAUAUUGAGCGGCGAUGCGAAUAUCGCCCAACACCAUCUCGCCCCGAGGCAGCUGAUGAGGUAAUAGGGCUGAGGAAGAAGUCCAGUCGUAUUUUUGCUCUUAAGUCUAUGGAAAAUACGCCAGUGCGGAAAGUUCAUUCGGAGGCAUAUCAUCUCAUAUCUUCUUCCUUGAACAGUAGCAAAGACGACAAAGGUGAUUCUCAAGAGAACCGCGCUGCUGAGGUGUCUAGCCCCUGUAAGGGUAAUAUGAGUGAAGAGAUAACUACCUGCUUUUCAUCGAGAAGUAGUUCCGACAGGAAAACGCUGAGAAAGCCCAGUCACAUCUCGCCAUCAAUGGCAUCCUACUUUUUGAGAAAGAGAAAAUUCGAAACUCCUGAAGCAUCACGAACAAUAAAAACUACUGCUAGUGAUGAUCAAAGGACGAAACAACCAAAAAAAGACGCAAACAAUACUACACCGAAGAUUGCUGCGUUGUCUACACCAUCUCACAAUGAUAAAAAUACCAUUGGCGGAGCUGUCAGCUCAGUGAAGAAAAAUAAACGACCUGCUUCUUCGACUCCGCGAAGAUCAGCAUCAAGAGUUUCAACGAAAUCCGCGCUUAAUUCUGCCUCAAAAAGUGAUUCUAUCAAGAGACGAAAUUCUUCUAAGAAACCUAUUCCUGUAUAA